GCUACCGAUUUUCCACUUUCUUUUGUUCUCCUUCAACUCAGUUCUUCGUUCUCGAGGCCAACCUCAUGGCGGAGCUCCCACCAAAAAUCAAAAUUUUGAAAGGUGCAGAACCGGACUUGUCUGCCGCGACAUACCAGAUUCACGAUGAGUCGCAUACUGUUGGCAACGCUCUGAGGUGGAUGUUGAUGAAAAACCCCAAGGUGGAGUUUUGUGGGUAUAGUGUACCUCAUCCAUCGGAACCGCACAUCAACGUCCGCAUCCAGAUGUAUGAUAAUCUCUCGUCACUACAAGCCCUCUUGACAGCUCUCAAUGACCUGGACGAUCUCUGCGUAACGAUCGAGGACGAAUACAAGAAAAGUCUAAGGACAGACCAGUACGAGCGAUGGGAUGAGAAGAGUUGAUAGUAGCGGUUUUGGCUUGCUUGUUUAUUCUCGUGUGUUCUCUCACUUAUCCUGUAUCGUUAUUGUCUUGCUUUCCCUCUCAAUGUUGGAUUAUCUCGCC